GUUAGCUCAGGGAAACUUUACGAGAGGACCGCCGGUGGGGAGAGAAAGGCGGAGGGGAGAGGAGAAAAGCUCGCUCCCCGCGCCGCUGGAGGAAAAAGGAGGGGAAGGAGGAGGCAGCAGCCGCCCCGCGGGGCACGGGGAGAAGCGGCGGCGUCAACUCUUCUCCACUCCCUUCUCCACUCCCUUCUGCGCUCGGAGGCCCGAAGGGGUUAGGGGGUUCCCAGGAAGGGGACUUGUCCCUUCUCCCCCCCCGCAUCCCUGGGUUGGAGGGAAGCUCGAGCGCCGCCGGUCGCAUCAUCCCCCCCCCGCGCCUUGUCCGGCUUCGCCCCCGCGGGCGGCGGCUCCCAUGGCUCUGAGCAAAGGGCUGCGGCUGCUCUGGAAGCAGGAUUCGGGCCCGAGCGCCCUGCUGGAGGCGCGUUCCCGGCAGGACUGCCUGUUGCUGGAGGCUGGCACCGUGGCUGCGCUCACUCCAGAAGAAAAGGAUGCAAUUAAAGGACAAUAUGAAAAACUCGUGGAUGCUUAUGGCUGCCUAGGAGAGCUUCAGCUUAAAUGUGGUAACACUCGGAUGCACUUUCUGGUCCUGGUGACAGGCUGUACAUCGGUGGGAAAAAUCCUGGACGCUGAAGUUUACAAAAUUACUGCAACAGAUUUCUGUCCUCUCCAGGAAGAAACCAAGGAAGAGGAGCGUGUUACUGCCUUGAAGAAAAUACUGAACUCUGGGAUGUUCUAUUUCUCCUGGCCUAAUGCAGGCUCAGACUUUGACCUGACUGUGCGGGCUCAGAAGCAGGGUGAUAACAACUAUGAAUCUGGUAACUCAUUCUUCUGGAACCAACUAUUGCAUGUGCCCUUCAAACACUACCAGGUGAACUGCUCUGACUGGUUGCUGAAGGUGAUCUGUGGUGUAGUGGACAUUCGCACUGUUUAUGCUUCCCACAAGAAAGCGAAAGCCUGCCUCAUCUCUCGCAUCAGCUGUGAACGAGCUAGUGCCCGGUUUCACGUUCGAGGGGUCAAUGAUGAUGGGCAUGUGUCUAACUUCAUUGAGACAGAGCAGACAAUUUACUUGGAUGAUGAUGUGUCUUCCUUUGUGCAGAUCAGAGGUUCUGUUCCACUGUUUUGGGAGCAACUGGCACUUCAGGUGGGUUCUCGUCAUCUAAGGCUUAACAGAGGUCUGGAAGCUAAUGCACCUGCCUUUGACAGACAUAUGAUGCUUCUGAAAGAGCAGUAUGGAAAACAAGUGAUCGUUAACCUGUUGGGAAGCAGAGGAGGGGAGGAGGUGCUCAACAGAGCUUUUAAGAAACUGUUAUGGGCCUCUUCCCACGCGGCGGACACUCCCAUGAUAAACUUUGACUACCACCAAUUUGCAAAAGGUGGGAAAACUGAAAAACUGGAAAACUUGUUGAGGCCUCAGCUGAAGUUGCACUGGGAAGACUUUGGAAUCUUCACAAAGGGCAAGAAUGUAAGUCCACGUCUGCAGACAGGUACUUUUCGAAUGAAUUGUUUGGACUGCCUGGAUCGUACCAAUAGUGUACAGUCCUUCAUUGCACUGGAGAUCCUGCUUGCUCAAUUAGAGAGCCUUGGGUUGAACUCUAAAUCUAUAAUUGAGCGCUUUGUGGAAUCCUACAAAGUGAUGUGGACUCUCAAUGGUCAUAAUCUGAGCAGAGUAUUUACUGGCAGUCGUGCCCUUGAGGGGAAGCACAAGGUUGGGAAACUCAAGGAUGGCGCCCGUUCUGUCUCUCGCACCAUUCAGUCAAAUUUCUUUGAUGCAGUAAAGCAGGAAGCCAUCGAGUUGCUGCUCAUGGGUGACUUCUUCAGCGAGGAAUAUGCAGACAAAGGCAAAAUGCUUAUGGACCACACUGCACUGCUGGUAACUCCAAGUAUUUUGAAGGCCAUGUCAGAGCGUCAAUUUGAAUUCACAAGCUUCAAGCGCAUUCGUGUUGCCACGGGGACCUGGAAUGUGAAUGGGGGGAAGCAGUUUCGAAGCAACAUCCUCGGUACCAGUGAGCUGACUGACUGGCUGCUGGAUUCUCCCAAGCUUUCUGGAGUUUCUGAAUUUCAGGAUGAUAACUGUCCUCCUGACAUAUUUGCAGUGGGAUUUGAAGAGAUGGUUGAAUUAAAUGCAGGGAAUAUAGUGAAUGCCAGUACAACGAAUAGAAAAAUGUGGGGGGAACAGCUUCAGAAAGCUAUUUCCAGGACUCAUCGCUACAUUCAGCUGACAUCAGCACAGCUUGUUGGUGUUUGUCUUUUCAUCUUUGUACGACCCUAUCAUGUCCCCUUCAUCAGGGAUGUAGCAAUAGACACUGUGAAGACAGGAAUGGGAGGAAAAGCUGGAAAUAAAGGGGCAGUGAGCAUUCGUUUUCAGUUCUAUAGUACCAGUUUCUGCUUUAUAUGCAGUCACUUAACUGCUGGGCAGACUCAGGUGAAAGAGCGGAAUGAAGAUUAUAAAGAAAUCACACAGAAACUCAGCUUCCCAAUGGGGCGGAGCGUGUUCUCACAUGACUAUGUCUUCUGGUGUGGUGAUUUUAACUAUCGCAUUGAUCUGACAUAUGAGGAAGUCUUUUAUUUUCUCAAACGUCAAGAUUGGAAGACACUUCUGGAAUUUGAUCAACUGCAACAGCAAAAAUCCAGUGGAAAAAUUUUUAAAGACUUCCAUGAAGGGACUAUUAAUUUUGGACCAACAUAUAAAUAUGACGUUGGCUCAGAGGCUUACGAUACAAGUGAUAAGUGCAGAACCCCAGCUUGGACUGACAGAGUGCUUUGGUGGAGAAAGAAACUGCCUUUUGAAAAAACAGCUGGAGAGAUCAAUCUUCUAGACAGUGAUCUGAAUGCUGAAACUAAAGUCAGGCACACCUGGACCCCUGGAGCUUUGAUGUACUAUGGGAGAGCGGAGCUGCAAGCAUCUGACCACAGGCCAGUGUUAGCUAUUGUAGAAGUAGAAGUUCAGGAAGUUAAUCAAGCUGCCCGCGAGAGUGUUUUCCAGGAAGUGUCAUCUUUCCAGGGACCACUGGAUGCCACAGUGGUUGUAAACUUGCUGUCGCCAACGCCUGAAGAGAAAAAUGAGUUUCCUGAGGACUUGCGUACAGAGCUUAUGCAAAUGUUUGAGGAUUAUGGCACUAUUGUUCUGGUCAGGAUCAGUGGAGGUCAAAUGCUGGUGACAUUUGCAGACAGCAAGUCAGCUCUUCGUGUUAUGGAUAUAGAUGGUGUCAAAGUCAGAGGCAGAACAGUGAAGAUCCGGCCCAAGACCAAGGAUUGGCUAAAAGGCCUUCAGGAGGAAAUUGCUCGAAAACGGGACAGCAUUGCCCCUGUGUCUCCCAUGGCAAACUCCUGCCUUCUGGAAGAAAAUUUUGACUUCUCGAGUUUGGACUAUGAUUCAGAAGGUGAUAUAGUGGAGGAUGAAGAUGAUUAUUUAGAUGAUGCUUUGUGUCAACACCUAGUAGAAGAUAUGCCGGAGGGCUGUGGACAUUUCACAUCCACAGAUCAUUCAGACAAAUCUGGACAAAUCCCACGGCUAUAUAAAGAUGAUACAGACCUGGGCAAUUUGAAGCAAGAGCUCGAGGCAAGUGGGGAACGCCACCGCCGGACUCCAAGCAGGUCUCUGUCCAUUCCUACCAGGACUCGGCCACUUCAGCCACCUCAGAGGCCUCCACCUCCUGCUGGAACACCAGGCAAAAAGUCCCCCUCAGACAGUUCCCUCCCUCCAGGAAGCUCUUCCGCCUGCUCCAUCCUGGCAACAGCAAAGCUGCUACCUGGAGCCCCUCAGCAGCCACCUAAAGUCCGAACUGGAAUAAGUAAACCUUACAAUGUCAAGCAGAUCAAAACCACCACAGCUGAGGAAGCAGAAGAAGCUAUUAGAUGUCUUAUGGAAGCUAAAGGAGGACUACAGGAAGAUGCAGUAAAGUCCACUUCAACUAGAAACCAAAUGUUCACCAAACCUGAGCCUCUUCCCACCAUCGCAAAGUCAACAUCAUGUCAAGGGUCUCAGGCAGGACCAGUGCUUGUGCCCCAUCGCCCACCACCCAAAGUUCCAACUACGAAGAAGCCAGUACCUCUGCAAAGGACCACAGUCAAGGUGGAAAAUGCCCUGCCUACAGAAGAGCAAUUUGACCAACAGCCAGUAUUACCUCCUUUUGGCUUGUCAGAGCCCUGUCUAGAAGCUGGAACUAUUCUUAGUCCAACAAAGAUUACUCCAGUCCCUAAACCCAGAAUACUACAACCUGAGAAGCCUCAGGAGAGCAGGGGAAGCAGCGAAAGGCAGCUCCCCUCAGCAAGCACAGCUGAGGCCAGUAUGCUGCCUCCCCAAAACGCUUCCUUUGCCCCAAAGGUGCCACCACGAAGAAAGAAAUCUGCUCCUGCAGCUCUUCAUCUGCAAGUUCUCCAGAGCAGUGACAACCCACUUUUUAGUGGGUUAAUGUUCAACUCCAACAACAACAAUAAUCCUGGGUUCUGCCCCCAGACUCAGGACGUUCCCAUCCCUGCACGGUCUACUCUCGCAGCUCCUACAUCUUCUGCCAGUCUAGAAAACAGCACAAUUAAGCAGUUGGCACCAAAUGCUGCAGAAUUGAUAGCUAACCUUCAGGGCCCUCCCAUAGCAGGCGGCCAGCAUCCACAGCUCUCUCCUAGCAGCUCCCUUCUAGAAAACACCAAUCUUUUGGACCUGGACACAGAUUCUUCCUGCCCUGCUUCCAUACAGGCAGCAUCAACUACUUCUCCAGCACACACUCCAGAAAAUUUAAAAUGCCCCAGCUUGAAAGAUUUCAGUCACUGGGUUACAUUUAGCGAUGAUGAAGACAGCAGUGCGCUGGCAGAAGGGUUCAAACUGCUUGCCUUAGAACAAAACAAAAAAACCUUAAAGAACACAAAUUCUGAUUUAGAAUUGUAAAAUCUGUCCCCUUAAUUUUCCUGUAGAAAUCAUAAUUAUGAUGCAAAAUGAAAUCUUUUGCACAAAGAUUUUUAUUUAAGGAAAUACAUUGCCUGUCCGUGCUACAUUUCAUUCUCAUGUUUAAAGAGAAGCCACUGCCCCUGGAGGGAAGUGUAUAGGGUAUAUACAACCUAACAUUAUCUACAGCUUGUUUUAAAAGUUCCUUAUUCUAAGUUAUUUCUUUUUAUUAAUCUAUCUUAGGAUGUUUUAUUUCGGGUACAAAUCAUACAUAAGAACAUAUAAUGAUGUAUGGAAAAGAGAUGUUAAGAAAAACCAUUUUCCUGUGAAAUUUAUAUAUUAAUCAAUUUCUGUUGCUUGAAAUAAAGCACCCUUAUCUUGAAUAGUUAGACUGCUGCAGUUAUUUUGGAACAGACAUCCAAGAGGGGAGUAUACGGUAUAAACAGGGCAUUAACUGGUACUGGUCUGCUACUAAGUUUCUGCUGUGGAAACAAGGCUCAGACAAGAUCUUCUUGUAGAUCUAGACAUAAGGAAGAAUUUCUUCAUGAUGAGCGUCAUGAGGCACUGGCACAGGUUGCCCAGGGAGGUUGUGGAUCCUCCAUUCCUGGAGGUGUUCAAGGCCAGGUUGGAUGGGGCCUUGGGCAGCCCAGUCUAGUAAGAGGUGACCCUGCCUCUGGCAGGGGGGUUGGAACGGGAUGAUCUUUAAGGUCUCUUCCAACCCAAACUAUUCUAUGAUUCUAUGUUUGGUAGCUGCAGUGGUGGCAUGUAAUGCUUCUCAGAAGACCAAGACUUUGGCGAGGAUAAUCCAUGGUGCUAACAUGUCUAUUAUCUGCUCUAGGUGUGCAGGCUUUCGCCUUGCCUAGGCUGUAAAAAUAUAUGCUAUAGAUGCCAAUUGCUCCAAGCAGGCAGUUAAAACUUAUAAACAGAUUGCAUCCUGUCAGGGUAGCUUGUUAAGCAUCAAGAUCUUUUAUUACUAAAGCAAGGAGAACAUUUUUAAGCAGUUGGUGAAGCUGCAAAAACCCUCCUGUUUUGUUUUUUUUUUUGCAGAAAAAGUGUAUUAACAGUUCAGAGUUUUUUUUUCUCCAUAGGAAAAUGAAGAGGCUUGUUCUCAGCUUCUCGGAAACUGAGAAUUCAGCCACUUUCUAAUCUGUAAUGCCUACCUGUUUCACUGCCACUACCGAAUUUUGAACACAAGACAUCCUGAAAGAGAGGAAGCGGCCUUUGUCUGCACACCUGCCGUCCUUCUCUGCUCCCUCGUUUGCCAGACACUUAAAAAAUUGCCAAAUUCCUUCAAAGGCCAAACCAAUAAAACCCAGUACUAAUCAUCUUACACUGUCAGUAUAACGAAGUGGCAGGCUGGUGAAUAGUGCUGAAGCAAGGUAGUUUUUUUCCCUACAUGAUGAGACAGCCUUAGCCUCUUCAUCCUCCUCUUGAAAAAAAACUGGGUGAAUAUUUAUGGGCACAUUUCAGUAUAAAAACUUAAGAGCAGUUAAAAAAAAAAAAAAGUGUGUUAUAUGACCAUAUCCAACAUUUUCUGCAAAGAUAAUUAACAGCUCUGGGACAGCUAAUUUACAUGUUAAUGAAAGCGUUAGCAGGAAAGCCAAUUAAAGUGGAUUUAUACAAGUCAAAUAAAAUCUGCUUUAUUACUCUCCUUGAAUAAAAGAAGUAUGUUGCCUUUAGCACUGUAUCUUACGGCGAUGCAUGUGGCAGGCUGCCCACUAAAGUACGAAUCCCUGCAGCGAGCUGGUUUAUACUCUCAGCGACAGCAUAUACUGUUCAAUCACAGCAAAUCAAGGGAAAGGAACAGACAGUCCAGCUGAAAAGGUUAUAGCAAAGACUGAGGAAUCUCCAUACAUUACCUCCCUCACUGAUGGCCUAAGUUCCAGCCAAGUGUUUCUCAGGGGCAGGUGUGUGUCACCCGGAUUGUAGUUUUAGUGGUGAGGAGAAGCUAAGCUGGACCAGACUUGCUCUGCAUUUGCAAAACCACUACAGAAAACUCAGACUGCCAGAGUGAUGCUUUCCUUCUCAUUCAGGAUUAAACCAGGCCCCAACCACAAUGUCAAAAGAGGCCAAGUAAUCUGAACCAUCCUUAGCCGACAUCCACAACUAUGAGCCCAGCACUUGGAAACCUUAAAAUUGUUGACACUGGCUCUGAAGCCAGUAUGUAUGAUUUACCAGAUGCAAGUAUAUAAGCGUCUGUGUGCUUAUCCAACAUGACAGACUCUGACAAGAGACUAACACUACUUGAGCUUGCCAAGGAUCCUAUAGCACAACAACUUUAAGCUGUUACAGGUGUUCUGGUUGUUCAGCCUCAUUCAUGUUUGGGGAGAGUAAAGUGGUUCUUGGCAUAGCAGCUGCCUGAUUUAGCUUUUUUAGGUGGGUGAUGACUGAAACAAACAAAACCAAUGAGAACGAAAACCAAAAUAUUGUCUAGAAUUUCCACUCUGACAAAACA